CAUUUUCCCCAUCUCUAGCCUGGGGCUACUGCCACUGCGCUGGGUGCUUCCCUGACCCCAGAGGGAUUGCGUUUCCCGGCACCUCUUUCCCUCACCCCUCCUUAACCGAGCAGGCCGUGUCUGUCUGGCGUGGGCAAUCCAGCCAUGGAAUUCGGUUCCUCUCUGCCCCUGGAGGCAUCUGCAAACAAUGAACUGGGGUAGGGGUGGUAACGUCCCAGUGUAAAUCCCCUCCCUGGGCUGAACCGGUUAAGGCUGAAGGGCCCGAUCCUCUCUGAAACCAACCGAGCUGCUUUGCCUGCACCGGAUUUGUUUGAGCAAGCCAGGGUGGGGCCGGGCUUCCGCUCCCGAUUACCUGUCGGGGGAAGGUCAGGUUACUUGGCACCUCUCCACCCUCCCUCUCCGGCCGUGCGGUGCCGCCUUUGUGCCAUUCGCCCAGCCCAGCGCACCUGCUCCAAAAGCCAGGGGAAGAACCUGGAAUCGAGCUCGCCGCCCAUCUCCUCCGGACAGGUGGGGAGAUGCCCAGCCGGGAGGGGUCUCUGACUCACCCGGCUGCCCUGAGGGCAGGGUGGAGGAGGGAGCGGGACCUGUUAAUGAUUGAUCCGUGCUGGCGAUGCAAAGGGUCCCCAGUUCUGGGUCGAACUGCAGAUCCAGUGGGCCCCGGAGGAUUAGAAUUAAGCAGUUGCUUAUCAGGGCUCGGCGUCGGGAUGGAAACAUCUUUUUGAAACUCUCCUCAUCUUGCCCCACUGAAAGGAAUUUGUAGCAGCUCAGCAACCAUCCUCCUGUCUUCCCACCUUGGAAUCUAACUGUGACCGGCAAAGGCUUUUGACAGGAUUGGCCGGACCCGCUCCCGGGAGGGGCAAUCAUGCGCCCCCUGCCGAUGCCCAGGCUCUGUCCAGAUGCCCAGGCAUCCCCGAGACGCUCGCGGGGAUUGUGAAGUGGUGGGGAGCCGGAAAUGCAGAGGGACAGCGUGGCCCAGAGCUUCAGCCCGGCUCUUCUGAAAUCUCAGAUGCUCUCCAUGCACCAGGGGGAACCGGUGCCCGACGAGGCCGGCUGCAGCAUCUGCACCGCCUCCGUGGAGAAACGGAUCAGGGCCGAGCAGGCCUGCCGGCUGCACGAGCGGGUCCUGGACUCCCUGUCCCGCUUCCAGGACUGGCUGCGGGGGGCGGAGCUGUGGGCCGCCUCCCCUGCGUCCUCCCAGGUGCCCUUCGCUGUGGCCAAGGAGGAGCUGAAAAAGUUUGAGGUGCUGCAAAGGCAGAUCCAGGAGAAGUUGCACCAUCUGGAGUCCUUAAACCGGCAGUACCGGCAGCUGGUUCAGGCCAACGGCAUCUGUUUGCAGGGCCGGCUCAGGGCCGCAGUCCAGGAGAGCAACCAGCGCUGGGACAACCUCCAGAAACGAGCUGCUGCCAUCCUCAAGAGACUGAAGUAUUUUGUCAGCCAGCGGGAGGAGUUUGAGUGGGAGCGGGAGAACGUGCAGGUGUGGCUGACGGAGCUGGAUCUGCGGCUCACGGAUGUGGAACAUUUCUCUGGGGGCAGCUCGCUCGAGAAAAUGAUGGAGCUGCAGGAGUUCCAGGAGGCCGUGCAGUCCAACGCGGAGCGGCUCGACUGGCUGCUGGUGUCCGGCGAGCGGUUGAUCCAGAGGAGCGAGCCGCAGGACGCCGAGAUCCUGGAGGAGGAGCUGCAGGAGAUGAGCUGUUACUGCCAGGAGGUCUUCUGGCGGGUGUUCCGCUUCCGCCGCCGGCUGGUCAGCAUGAGGCUGGUCUUUGAGGAUGAGUGGCUGUCAGACCGAGACACUGACGUGGAGUCUGACUGCUUCGCAGACGCGUCCCCGGAGCCUGAGGUUGAGGGAGAAGCCAGGGGCCCCCCUCCCGCUGCUUGGAUCUACCAGUCCACCCCGCACAAGGCUCUCUGCUGCCGGCGCCGCCAUCCGUUCGGGGCUGCCUGGGGGGACAGCCUGGACCUGGAGUGGGACCCCUCGGUGGACGUGGGCGGGUCCACGUCUCAUGACGAAGAGGAUUCAUCGUACUGCAGCGCCAUCACGGGUGUGGGCCAGUGGGAGGAGCCGGGCCGGAGGUGCAGCUGUCAGCUGGGCACACCCAGCAGCUGGCUGGCUGGAUGCGGGAGAGGCACCGGCCACGAGGACCUGAACGCCGUUCCCUUUCGAGGGGAAACGCAGGUGCAGCUGGGCUCCCAGGACGGGCCUUGUCUCUCCCUGGCGACCAGAAGGAAGGUGGAAAUUGUCUGGGACAGUUCCGGGAAUGCCCCUCAGCGGGGCAGCCGGCAUCCCCAGGGCCUGGCCCUGGGGAACGAGGCCUGCCGCCAGACAGAGACGGUGGGCUUUGACCCUGAGCGGAUUGAGAGCUGGCUGGGCCAGACCUGCGUGGAGCAGGGCAAGCUGGAAGUGAUGCAGCCCUGCAAGAGAAGUCAGGCCGGUCCCGGCUCUGAGGACGUGGCAGUCAUCAUUGAGAAGGGGACUAUGUCCCAGCCCUUGGCUUUCUCAGAUCAACCUCGGGCGGGCUCCAGGAUCCUGGUCAGAAUGAAGAGGCUGCUGCUGUCUGCGGCUGGACUACUCCUGCUCCUCCUGGCCGGCACCUCCCUUCUCUCCCGCGCUGAAACGCCCUGCUACGUCCGGUCCUUCCAUUUCAUGCUGAAGUACGUCAACGGGCCACCUCCUACGUAGGCGUGCUGGGAAAAUGCCAACGAGAGCCCACGGCUUCCCCAAUGCCGGGGGCAGCUCCAAGGGGUAGGGGGGCCAUUUCCCACCAUUCAGUGCCGCCCUCGCGUGGAUUUUCCUUGGGCAUCUGCCAAGCCACCUGCUUCUGAGGAAGAUCCCAACCUCCCAGCAUGCCCAGAUAUGGAAGGAGCCUGCCCGUGAAGGAAGCACUUUCGGAUCCUUCCGGGGACUUUGGAAGAAGCUCAUCAGUACUUUCAGAGACCCCCAGAGCUGACCCACACGAACCCAGAAGCUUACGGCUGAAAGGAACCUCAAGAAAUCAGCUGGUCCCACCACUGCACCGAUCGAGGACCCCUUGUGGUCGUUGGCCUUGCUCUGCCAGCCCAGCCCAGCCCCUUGGCAGGUCCACCGCUCCCCAGGGAAUGGGGCAGCUUGGACAAUUCUCCAUCGCAGCUGUUCUUCGACAGCAAAUCAGGACUCGACCCAGCAAAACGUCCUGUGAGAAGUGGCUGCUGCUUGUGGAAAAUUUUGACUUUUUGUUCAGAAUCAAAGAAUACCCAAAACUCAGAAUAUCUCAGUUCAGAAAUGCUACCCAGGUGCCUCAUGGGAGUUGUAGUUUGGGUGAUUCUUAGCCCCAUUCUUUAUUAUGGGCUGGGCUCCCCCGCCAGCCUACAUCUCCCGUGAUGUGUUGCAGCUGUGGGACUCCCAUGAUGCACCGACACCCAUCUCCAAGAGGCAAGACCAUGGAGCAUGAUGGGAGAUGUAGUCUGGCCAGGGAGCCUAGCCCAUAGAAGAGAAUGGGGACAUGCGAGACCUGAACUACACCUCCCAUAAGACACCUGGACAGCAUGGACUGGGCACUGCCUUAGUCCCCUAGGGGACUGGAACUGAGGCCGCUGCAGUCUUGAAGAUGGAUCUAGUAAGUGGUGCACCCAGGCCCAUCCAAACCGGAGUCUGUGUGAAUGCCAAGUUUAAGUAAAUGUGUUUUGAAGUGAAUUUAUUCAUGUGCCAUGGAACUGGUUUGCUGGGACCUCAGACCUUUGGUCAUUACCUGUCUACCAUCAAUUGGGGCUCACCUACAUUUCCAUGCCUAGCUAUGCCACUGGGGAAGGCGUUGUAAACUGGUACUGCUGCAGCCCUGCGGGUUGGCACAGGACCUGGUACCGUUGGAUGCGAGGGGAUAUGGUAACUGGUGCCACGCUAGUCACACCCCAUUGUGCCACAGGUACCAUUGGAGCUCUGCAGCCGGGUACCAUGGUGCCAGGUGCCAUACAGACACAGAACAAAAAGCCCACCCUGCCACGGAGUUGCCAGUCAAGCCAUGCCCAUGUCCUUAUGGGGCUCUGAUCCUUCCACAGCAGGGCAGGUGCUGGUAGAAAGGAUGGCCCAGUGGUGAGGGUGCCCUUCUUGGUCUUUGCAGACAGUGGCAUGUGGGUGAGUCAUUUAGCCUCUCCCUGCCUCGGUUUCCCCUCUGUGCAGUUGUGAGGCUAAAUGCAGUAGCGGUUGUGAGGUGUUCAGAUAUGGCCGUGGGGGGGCUGUGCGAGUCCUUUGGAGGGACAGCACUUAUUCCAGCGAGGCUGGGGGAGUUCCAUUAACACAGGCCUUGUGCCUUCGGGAAAUACUCACGCUUCCCUGGGCUGGUGCAGCUUCUCCCCUGCCUGGUUGUGGGUCUCUUUCCGUCUGCUCCCCGCAUGCUGGACCUGGCCAGCCCCUUGUGUCUAGCUCAGGCCAUGCUCCCGCUCCACCCCCUAUGGGCCCUGGGGGGUCGAGCAUAGGUGGUGCAGUGGCUAUGUGUGGGGUCUGGGAGAUGGCGGGGAGUCUCCGGGGGUCCUUUCCAGCUUGUUUAAGGCUCCUUUGCCCUGCCAGGGUGGCACACAGAGAGGGAGCUGUGUCUGACAUUUAUAUGGCUAACAAGCCUCCACAAUAAAAAUACACACCUGGGAAACAAA